GUACGACCUACCAAGUUUAGUUUCGGUUUCAUUUCAAACACGGUGGCAAUGGAGGGAGAUUUGGGUAACCUAAGCAGUUUUGGGAAUCGAUCCUUCUAUCAGCUGAUCAAUGGGACUGGCGUACUCAGGCCUCACGAAUUUGUGGACAGAGAGUUGAACAGAAAUAAAAAGAAAAUCAUCAAUGGCUUAAGUUUUUAUAAGAAGCCAAGAUGUGUUCAAGGGGAAAUCCUGAAAACAAAGAAGAUGAAAAAAGUGACAGAAGAGUUCCUCCUAAAGACCAGUGCCUUUCUGGGUCUGGAUGAGGGAGAGACGUAUGAACUGUUUACCUCCUACCUGUCCAACGACUUCCGGGGCUCCAAGAAGGAGCUGCAGCAAGUGCUGAGGAAUGAACGCCUGGCCCACGCCCUGGCCUACAAAGUCCGGGACUACUACUACACCGAGAGACUGUACCUCCUCCAAAGUGUCAAGGUCAUUGUCAACUCAUGGCAGAACAACCUUCACCCCUUCCAGAGAGAGUUUGGGACUUUUAUGAAGAGUACAGAGGUAGUCAGUGGGAGUUGGAUGAAAAUGCUUUUAGAGACCUUUGAACAGCUAACACAAGAACCUUUCCCAACUUGGGAGACCAACAGUAUUUUAAUGAAUGACCGUCAGAUGUAUUUAUGGGUGCAGGAGAAUCUGAGAGAACAGAGUGAAAUUUUGGAGAUCCUGUACAUAUAUGUUAAAGAUUUUGAUCUUCCUGAGGAACAAGUCCUUAAACUUCUAGAGCUCUUCAAGCGACAUGGAUUUGGGCGAUUACAGAAUUACAAACAUGUCAUAGACGACUCUCUUAUUUUCCUGGUGAAAAGAAUAGGAUACCUGGAGGUGUUGAUCUGUGUUGAAAUGAUGGAUCUUGAGGCUGUACUGGCCUGCAUUGAGAGAGGAAGUUUCAACGAUCACUUUCUCUUGAAAGACAAAGAAACAUUCAUGAAGCUGGAUAAGGUCGUACAGACCCUGGGUUCUGAGGACAGUCAUGGCCCCCUCCUCUUGCUCUGGUCAGCCAUGCACAUGUUUGGCGGGGAAGGCUCAGACUUUUCCCUGGCCAGGAAGUACGGGAAUGCCGCCAUACAUCUGCACGUGUUCCAUUACCUGUACAACCUGUUGAUGUCAGAGCCAUUCAACGAGGAAAACUCGAUGAUCUGCUCUGUCUCACACCUGACUGUUUACAACCUACUGGUCCUGAUCCUGUCCACGUUUGAUGAACACACGCUUGGAACCGACCAGGAUGCUCUAGCUUUACACAGAGUGAUUUGCCUUGUUCUCAAACAAGUCAGUGUAUCAGAAGACUUCUGGGAGAAGGGGAGUGAUGAGGGAGUGGGGAGUGUCUAUCAUUCUGCCUUGUUGCGGUUUCCUCUGGAUUACAGCAGUUUUGUCCAGUUCAGUGCAGCUUUGGCAGAAUCCACACCAACAAGUGCAGAAAGGGUUUUCCACAUCUGGAAGCAGUUACAGCGGUACACGGAGUACCUGGAUUGUAACCACUCCUCUGACCUCACCUCCACCAAGGAACUGAAUGAGUGGAAACUAGUUGUCAAUAAACGCCCGUACCCAAACAGAGAUUUUAUAUUAAAUGCUGGGACCAAGGGGAAAAUACUCACAAUGGGAACAAAGCAUGAUGCUAGCCCCAUCAUCCAGUGGUAUGUGACGUUCAGUGGAUGGGAUCUUCUUCUCUGUGAGGUAGAGACGUUGCUGGAUCAGGUAGCCCAAGGCUCAGGCAUGGUGUCUCCCACACAGAUAGAGAAAGUGACAGAUGCUGUAGAAUUGGUACAUGCUGUGCUGAAGAAUCAUCCACAGAGUGAGAAAGACUUCCAGCCUAUCAUCCAUUGUAUAUACUCACUGAUCCACAGAUUUGUGAGACUGUCCCACCCACCUAUUUUACUGAUCGUCCAAUGUAUAGAGUGUGUAACCUGUCUGGCCAAACAGAAUCCAGUCAAGGUUUGGCACAAUAUGAAACAGACUGGGUUAUUGCCAUAUCUCACAGAAAACAUCGACAACAUCUCAGAAAUACUCAGUGGUCAAGGUUUGAUGGCUGGUUGCUAUGGUAACAUGCUGUUUGGAGUGGAAUGUAUCGAGGGAUCGUAUCCCAUCACAACAGCCGUAUUGGAAUUCAUCUCGAACAUUAUUGAGCCAUUCUUCAAAGACUCCAUGGAGAGUGAAUUAAUGGCCUCUUUCAUGUACAUCUUGCGGGAAAUCUUUCCUGUUUUUCAAAAAUGGAGAUUUUACAAACUAAAGACAAGAGAGCUGAUUGGAAGAAAAUGUGUUGAGAUUUUUCAUAAAACUCUGGAAAAUGUGAUCAACAGAAGCAAGCCAGUAGAGUCCACAUCAAAGAGACCUAAAGUACAGGAAGUGGUUGUCUACAGCCUGUUGUUCACAGAAGCUGGACAGACUCUGCUGGGAAUCAUCGCCACUGGCUCAGACAAUGUAGACCAGGCCUUGGUUCAACAGGGAAGUAUGGCGGAGGGUGGUAUAGGAGCAGAGAUGAUCCGGCUGAUCCAGAUUUCUUUCUCGGUUCUGAACCAGCUGUUGUUGCUGAAGAGUCCUGACCUGCCCUUGUCUCCAGUAGAGUCGGCUCUAUCUUCUCAGCCAGUGGUCCGCCAGAACCAGCACAUUGUAGCGACCAUAGCCCAGUACAUCUACCACAAACACAACCCCCGCCUGCCCAUGCUGGCCUGUCUCCUCCUCAAGAGGCUGGCCUUGGUGACAAAGAUGUCUAUCCUGUCGUGUUUUGGGGGAGCUGCUGAGUCAGUGAGGGACAUGUACCUUAACCGCCUACAGGGUGCCACAGAAGACCUGAAGCUGAAGGUGUCCAUUUUGGAGUUUUUGUCAGUCUGUGUGGAGGCACAGCCGGGUCUGAUAGAGAUGUUUCUAAAUGUCCAACUCACUGACUCCUCAUCAUCAGAGGCCGCCAGAAAGGAUUUAUCCAUUGGUAAAAUUAGCUGCCUUCAAACUGUUCUGAAUCUAAUGGAAGCAGAUAAACAGAUGACUUACAAGUGCCCCUCUGACUUGCUCUGUGCCUGUAUGGAGUUCAUCCACUCGCUUUGGUCCGGUCACAGAGAAACAGCCAUGUCUGUCUUGAGAACCUGUGACAAGUUUUGGAUGAGUGUGUGUGCCCCUCUGUCUCGAAAUUUACCAAACUCUGAAGAGGAACCAGGAAAGGAUGUGUACACACAUCAGGUGAAGACGGUAUCCCAUGUGUUGGAGAUUCUUGCUGAAGAAAUUUUCUGUGUGGCAAGCGGAAAACUUGAUGAAAAACUGAAGAAAUGUUUGGCAGAAAUAAACUCGACCAGUAGACUGAAGUAUUGGACAGGGCAAGUCCGUGACUGUCUGAUCGCUGAGGCGGGACAAAGCAGUCAGCACAAGGAGGGGCUGAGUGAGCACCACACGCUCAGACUUCUGAUCGCCUGGAAGAACUUCCUUAUCACACUCACCAGACUACAGGUGGAGCAACUGAAGAUGGACAAUCAGUUGAAGGAGAUGAUCAUUAUAGACAUGUUGGAGGCUCUCCGUGCUUUGAUCAAUGGAAGCAGCACCCCGCUGAACAAUAAACUGGCCAAGAUAACCAGUGCUUUGAUUUUCCGACUCAUCACAUCAUGGACAAGCGCCCUCAGUGAUGUGAGGAGGACUGUGCGUGAUGUCAAGAUGGCGAUCCUGGAGGCCUUGUCUAACAAUGCCUCGGUCGUCCCCUCUCUACAGAUCGGGAUGAUCGGCUCACUGGUGGCCAUGUUACAGCAUGUCCGACCCAACCCAGCCAAGAAGGUGGACCCAGACACUUUGUUGGAGGUGUUUAAGACCGGCUGUGAAGUGAUCCACCAGAGCAUAUUCCAGUUACCGACCGCCAAAGAUCUUACCCCGGGGAGUACGGGGGAGGUGUGGCUCAAGAUGCAAGUUGUUAGUUGCUGUCUACUGGACGAAGUGAUCCUUCAGCUUUCUUCUGAGUUGUCAUGGUUACCUGUUUUACAAGAACAUCUCGUCAUAUCCUCCUUACUCUCCUCUGUAGAAUACUUCAUCAAGAAACCUUUCUUUCAGGCAAAACAAGGUCUGAACUUUGUUCACACCGUGAUACUACUGUUUCUAACCAUUGCCAAGCAAGAAAAGGGGGCCGAGUCCUUGGCCUCCAGUGGCCUGACCCAGCACCUCUGUCUGUCCGUCACAAACCUGUAUGAGGAUCUGGAACCUGCUGCAAUGAGGCAAACCAUGAAGAUGACCUCCAAACAGAGCGAGAGUGCGGUGACUCUGUCAUGGCACGGAGUCUACUGCCUCUGUGUAGAUCUCUAUGCCACAGCUCUACUGGUGCUCAAGUUCUCCUUCCUUGAGGACGCCUUCCAUUUCCUGGGGGUUCACCAAGACAGAAUGCUUCAGUGCUUUGAGCUGUCCAAGGUGCUGCUGCAGGAAAAUGUGUUGUUUGAAGCAGAGAAGACAUGUGACUUUAUUUGUCAGCUGUCAUCAUACCUACCCCAGUGGAGAGUUAGCUCCCCUGAAUCGGUUCAUCAGCUACAGGGCAGUGUUUUGUACCUGUGUCAGACGUAUGUUGCCUACCUAACAAGUACCAGAUAUCUACAGCACAUGUUGGAGAACAGGGCACCAGAAAACCACAUGCACAGGCGGAGUCUGCAGCAUCAGUCUUCACUGGAGGACGAGUUACCAACCAAACAUGUCCUGGUGAUCAAAAAAAGAAUGCUACAAAUACUAGGCAGAGGUUUCUCCAUGCUGAGACAGUUCACUCCAGAACUUUGCGAGGUUUUGUAUGAGAGGAACAUGGACUAUGCAGAGCACCAGCCAUUUUUAGCAUUAGCCUUUACAGCGCCAUCUAUUGAGCAGGAGUGUCUUCCGUCAUUCGGAACCUUCACUUCCUGUGUGAGAGAUGUCUGUGUCAGACUGUUGACUAAGCAUGAAGUUAAACCUGGUCAGUCUCCACAUUCCUCUACAGAACCUAACGUCCUGGAGGUCAUUCCAAAGUCGCUGAUCGUGUUUGUGAUGGAGAACGCCCUGUAUCUGGUCAUGUCUCAAGCCAUGCGAUUGUUGAGGGACCCUGGCCUGCCACAGACAGACAAACAGCUGCUGAAGAGGGAGCUGGGCACAGAAAUGAACUACUUCCUGAUGGAGCUCCAGAGAUACUUGAAACGAGGGGCCCCAACAUCCCCCUCCCCCAGCUCUGCCCAUCGCCAGCCCAGCCCCAAGAUCAGCGGCACUCCCAAUGUUCUGGGGCGGUCCCUGUCACAGACAGCCCUGAUGUCUGCCCCAGAAAUGGAGUUCUUUAAAUUCGUCCAAGAGUUCGUGUCCGCUGUGUUAAAGUGAUGAGGAGGAUGAAGAAUCAGGGUCCAAAUCUGAUCUCGGUACACAUAUACUAGGGAAGAAACUCGAUGGAGAAAUAAGUUAUUUCUAAAAUGAAUAGAUUUUGUGUUUGGAUCCCUUAAAAAAAAACAAUGUGGAUAUACAGUGACAAGAAGCCACCACUAUGCUGUGUUCUCCUAACCUAGUACAGACAGAUCAACACUGACUUGUACCAGUGUGACAGACAGAUCAAAACCGACUUGUACCAGUGUGAUGUAUUCAGCCUGUAUGCUCUGUGUUUUAUGUAUAUAAAAAUGAAUUUGUUGUACAAAGAUUACAUUAAAAGUAUUUUCAUAUAGAA